CGACGAUGACUCCAAGCAUCCACCUCACCUGUACGCCAUGUGGUUGAAGCACAUCGAUGCAUCAUGGGGGUUCUCUGUCUCAGGUCCGAAAGGCUAUUUCCUUUUCGCUAUUCCCCGUCCUUUCCGUCUCCUUCAAAGUUGGCCUUUUGGUUGAUACGAGGAACAUCUCCCGCUCUCACCGACAACACCGUCUCGUCUCCUGCGCUUCCAAUCCACCCGACUACAGUGCCGCCUCGGCGCAGGUGGACAUGUUCCGCGGCCGGGACGGUGUCUAGUCCUCUCGCCAGCAGACCGUGGUCGUCCUCUGGGACCUCGACAACAAGCCACCCCGUGGUCCCCCAUACGAGGCCGGCCUCGCCCUCCGCCGAGCCGCCGAACUCUUCGGCCGCGUUCUCGAGGUUUCUGCCUACGCCAACCACCACGCCUUUGACCACCUCCCCCAGUGGGUCCUCGACCAGUGCCGUGAGCGCCGCCACCUUGACGUCCUCGAGCGUAAAGGCCUGGUCGAGCCCGCCGAACCCCUACACCUGCGGCGUCUGCGGCCGCAAGUGCCGAACGAACCUCGACCUCAAGAAGCACUUCCGCCAGCUCCACCAACGCGAACGCCAGAAGAAGCUCGACCGCAUGCGCUCCCUCAAGGGGAAGAAACGGCAGAGAUACUGGGAGAGGUUCAUCGCUGGAAACUACAAGUACGAGGAGGCUGCCCGGUCUCUGCUUGCCCCCAAGACUGGAUACGGCCUUGCUUCGGAGCUUCGGCGGGCAGGUGUCUUCGUUAAGACAGUCGAGGACAAGCCGCAGGCCGCGGACUGGGCGCUCAAAAGGCAGAUGCAACACUCGAUGUCGCAUGGGAUUGAUUGGUUGUUUCUGGUGUCGGACGACUCAGAUUUUUCCGAUAUGGUCAGGAGGGCGAGGGAGGCUGAUCUGAGGACGGUGGUGGUUGGGGAUGGACGGACAGCUCUCGGAUGCCAGGCUGAUAUUUUGGUCCCUUGGCUACGGGUGGAGAAUGGGGAGGUCGGGGAAGAACAACUAUUGCAGUCAGGAUGGAACACAACCUUCUCGGAAAUGGAUGAUUAUGACGAUUUUAGCGACAAUGAUCAAGGAUCAUUUUCUUCUUCGAGUUUCUAUGAGGAUGAAAUGCCUGAUUUAGACUUGAUUGUCGAUGAGAUCGUCAUUGGGAAUUCCAGAUUAGGUACUCUUGGCUCCUCAGCUUUCUCAGAGGAGGUGGUGGAAGAUGGUGAAGGAUUUCAAGUCUUUGGAUCACCGAAGAGUAAUGACCAUUUGUUCUUCCAUAGCGAGGAAGAGGACAGUGAUCCCUUCAUCUGAUCAACAAAAGAUACACAGUGGUAGGUGUUUUGUCCCAGUCUCAAGCCGACAAUCCUUUUUGAUC